CGACUCGGCUGCGGAGAGCCACGUGAGGUGCUGCAGCUGGUCUGCGACCACCGGCUGGCCAGUGUCGGCCUGCCCUGCCUCCACUCGUCGCGCCGCGGCUUUCCGCCGGACGUCGGCGCCCACAUCGCGCUCCGCACUGUGCGCCGGUUCCUGGAGCGUUUCGCCGACCCGUCGGGGCCACUACUCGUACUCACUGUGGACGCCAUGGACGCCGGGAUAUACGAGGUGCUACUGCCGCACUACUUCCCCAGAAACCAGCGAGAGGAGGAGUGCGCCAGAUACCAGCUGCCGGAGGACAUCGGAGACGACUUUGGCGCGCCGGUGAUACCAGACAGGGCCAUCCGAAUCAUCGACAACCCGCAGCACAGCUACCAAGGUCUGUCGGCGGCCGACGAGCACCCGGUGCCGGCGCGGCUGGCCUCCGGGCUGCGCGACUUCAGCCACAUGGAGGACGACGUGGACCGGCAGCGGCUGCUGGGACAGCGCGCCGGCGGCGCCGACCCGGCGCAGGCCGGCCUCUCCGAGCAGCUCUGCAAACAGGAACGGUACGAGCGGCUGCUGCGGCGCGCGCGGACCGAGGACCUCUCGGAGAUCUCCGGCAUCGGCUGUCUCUACCAGACGGGCAAGGACCGCUUCGGUCGGCCCGUCAUCUGCUUCAUCGGCAAGUGGUUCCGAGCCACGGAGAUCGACCUCGACAAGGCGCUGCUGUACCUGAUCUACCUGCUGGAGCCACUGGUAGCGCACGACUACACGAUCGUGUACUUCCACACGCUGACCGAGUCGGACAACCACCCGGCACUGCACUGGAUCCGGCACGUCUACGACGUACUCGAGUACAAGUACAAGAAGAACCUGAAGGCGUUCUACAUCGUGCACCCCACCAUCUGGACCAAGCUGAUGACCUGGUGGUUCACCACCUUCAUGGCGCCGGGCAUCAAACAAAAGGUACGCCACCCCCCGGCCCCCACCCACACGCCAUCAAACAAAAGGGAGGAUCGCCCACUGACGGAGCGAUCACUGUGCCCGUUCACCACACGGACCGGCCGCGUGUUCGCCGAGUACGACAUCGAGAUGGAGCACGCCCAGCUGGACCCGGAGUGCGCCGACAGCGACCUGUCGUGCGGCGAGCACGGCACGGGCCUGUGCGCGCCGGUCCAGUCGGCCGUCCAGUUGGGCGGCCGAUCAGAGACAGUCACACUGGCGUACGUCUGUGCGCUGUCGGAGGGCGCCCCGCGGGCGGACCAGGCUCCCGGGCUGGCGUGA